AUGGCCAGAACCAGGCAGACCGCUCGCAAGAUCACCCGUGGACCGCCUCAUCCGAUCAAUCAUCUUCAGGAAGUGCCCUACCAGGAAGAGCCCGAACAGCCGGAGGACUUACCCGAGUUCGUGGAGAUCGAGGACGAUGAUGACGAUGACUACGGCUACUACGAAGGAGGCUGGGUGGAUACUGACACCGAGGAGGAGCCCACGGAGAUGCCUGAGGACCACCCUAACACUGCAGGCGACAGCAAUGAGGACGCUGCAGGAGGAGACGGUGCCGAUCCAGGUGCCGCAGGAAGAGACUAUGCUAAAGAUGGAGAUGAUGACCCAGCUGCAUCCGAUGGUGGUGACGAGGAUCCAGAAGAUGAUCCAGAGCCAGCCAACGCAACUGACUAA